AUGUUCCCGCACUACGCCUCUGGCACAACGGGGAGUUGCCUGGCGGGUGCCUACCGCACGGCUGCGGAGCUGUACUGCACGCCAUUCCUCUCCGUUCUUCCACCUUUUUAUGGUCACCGCCUGUACGUGGCGGCCAUGAAGAAGCGCAUUUCGGAGACGAUUGGCGAGAGGGGCAAGAAUGUGGACCACAUUCUGUUCAGCUUUCACGGAGUGCCGGAGGAACAAUGCUCCCGGACCGACACGACCAAAAGCUUCUGCAACAAGAGUGCAAGUUGCUGCUCCAUGCUGCAGAAGGAGAACAGGAACUGCUACCGUGCUCAGUGCUUUGAGACAGCCCGGCUGCUGGCCUACGAGCUGGGGCUGGAGGAUGGUCGUUGGUCUAUUGGCUUUCAAAGUCGUCUGACACUGCGUGGCACCAUUGAGUGGAUCAAACCAUACACAGACGAGGGGUUCGUGGAGCUUGCGAAGAAGGGAGUGAAGAAACUGGCGGUUGUCGCCCCGUCCUUCACGGCAGAUUGCGUCGAAACUUUGGAGGAGCUUGGGAUCACCGGUCGCGAGGAUUUCGAGGCGGCCGGCGGCGAGGAGCUUGUGGUCAUCCCUUGCCUCAACAGCUCCGAGCACUGGGUGAAGAACCUAGCCCAGAUUGUCCGCGAACACAUCGCGGAGACGGCACGCGACCCCAUCGAUGCCAUCCAGACGUCACGUGCACGACAGCCUGGCUUCGAAGAGAUGGAGGAGGACAGCUUGCAAACAGCUGCCCAAAGCAAUUUUCAGCGAGCGGCGCGUGGUUGA